CUCUCUCUCUCUCUCUCUCUCUCUCUCUCUCUCUCUCUCUCUCUCUCUCUCCUGUACUAUUCGGCACUCUUCCCCUGCUUACUGUUGGUUUUCCUCCUCCUCUUCGUCCUCCUCCUCCUCCUCAUCAUCAUCAUCAGCAUCAUGCCCUCUCGCACCUAAAUCUUUCAUCUCCGUCCUCAGUGCGGCAGUGACGAGGUAGUGAAUGAGUGUCGAUCAAUGGAAAGUCUCCGAGUGCAGCCAUGAGCGAGAUUCACGAACUCCCGACAAACGUGACCGCGGGCAGGGACGCUUCUGACGCCCUCCAUAGGUCAGGUAAACGGCCGAAGCUCUGGAAGGCCAAGAAGCCGGAAGACAAAGAUGAGGCGGAAAAGGGAGUAGCGCCUGUGGGUAGUGAGGGGAGAAAGAGGGAGAUCAUGAAGCGAAUCGGUGUUGGUGUUGGGAGGGAGAGGCGUCGGGAGAGGACCAUCGCUGCCAUGAAUACGGCUACCACAAGCAACAACAACAAUAACAACAACAACAAGAUAAAGGAGGUGACCAUCCAAGAGGAAGAGCAGAAGCAAAAAAAGAGGAGGAGGAUCCGGAGGAGGAGGAGCGAAAACGACCUGCUGACCGCUAAGUCUCCUCCUUCAGCCCCUUCAGAAGACGCCCCCAUCGUCGGCCGUCGUGCUGGGGGGCUUUUGGCGAGGGCACGGCGGGCUCUUUCCGAAAGGCGACUUAGAAGCGUUAGCCAAGACCCUCAACGCAGCCUCUCCUCCUCCAACCCUGAGGCCACCCCUGACGAGCCUCCGCCUCCUCUGAGUGCCUCGGAGGUGCGUUUCAGGGCUGGGCGGGGCGGCGGGAUCGUGACGGCUUGGGGCUCCCCGCUGCCCUGGCCCCCUGACGCCCCCUCCUCCUCUUCCAGACGUCGUGGCUCCCUGGAUUCCCUCGGGUACCCCACCAGUGCCGCCCCCAGCACCGCCAACGGGUUGGGGUCCGCCUCGUCGCUGGACCAGACCAUGACCCGCUCCCUGGGCUCUCGCGGCUCCCUGUGUGACGAGACGGCCGACGACUGCGACAACAUCAACGUAGUGGUGAGGUGUCGUCCGCUGAAUGAGAAGGAGAAGCACAGAUGCGACGAGAUGAGUAUGCAGUUCCCCGGCGAAGGACAGGCGUGGGUCAACAUGGACGGGAUGAACGGGCAGGCAAUAAACAAGCCCAAAGUCUUUACCUACAACGUGGUGUUCGAACCCGAGGCCACGCAGGAGGACGUCUUGGCGCACUCGGGGGUGAAGCGCCUCCUGGACAUGGCCAUCGACGGCUUCUCUUGCACCAUCUUCUGCUACGGACAGACAGGCUCCGGCAAGACCCACACCCUUACCGGCCCCCCGCACCUGUACUACCAGUCCACAACCGCCUCUUCCAGGGUCCGCAAGACCAAACCGCAGCCCAGUUUCUUCGUGUUCGACAACCAGUCCAAUAUGUUCUCGGAGAGCCACGGCCUCAUCGUGCGCUCCUUCGUGUACCUCUUCAACCAGAUCCAGAGUCGUGACGACAUGGAGUUCACGCUCAACGCCUCCUACCUGGAAAUAUACAACGAAAAGGUGAUCGACCUCCUCAACAUCGGGACCAACACAAAGCCUCUGCAGGUUCGCUGGAGCAAGAAGAAACGCGGCUUCUUCGUCGAGAACCUGUUUGAGAUCGAGUGUGCCGAGCUGGAUGACCUGCUGGCGGUCCUCGAGGAAGGUCUGAGGAACCGGGCGGUGGCGUCUCACAACAUGAACGAGUACUCCUCCCGCAGCCAUACGAUCCUCACCGUCAACAUUACCUCCGAGCAGAAGGCAGAUGAUGGUGUGUACAUAACAAAGAAUGGCAAGAUCAAUUUUGUGGACCUGGCAGGCUCAGAGAUGACAAAGAAGACCAACUCGGAAGGCAAGACUCUGGAGGAGGCCAACAACAUCAAUAAGUCCCUUAUGGUGCUUGGAACGUGCAUUGCAUCAUUGUCUGACCACCGGAGGAAGGAUGGACACAUACCCUACAGAGACUCUAAAUUGACGAAACUUUUAGCAGACAGCCUGUCUGGAAAUGGAGUCACUCUUAUGAUUGCUUGUGUGUCACCUGCCAAGUCCAACAUCAGUGAGACACUUAACACUUUGCGCUAUGCCUCCAGGGCCAAGCGCAUCCGAACCAAGCCUCUCAUCAUCAUGGACCCAAAAGAGAAGGUGAUCUUGAGUCUUCAACAGGAAGUUAGCUUGCUGCGGGAAGAGAAUGCCCACCUCAAGAUGCUCAUUGACCUUGGGGAGAAUGGUGUUCCCCAGGAGGGCCCUCAUGAACUGAAUGGUCACCUGGCAGCACAACCUAAUGGUGUGGAUGUGGAAGAGGAUGUUGCAAAUGCAGGAGGACGCCCAGCACCAGGCUUGAUGUCUCGCCAAGGCUCCUUCAGGAUAGACAAGGACAAGCUGGAAACACUGGAUAACCAGGAGCUGGUGAAGCUGGUGCAGCAGUACAUGGCACAAUACAGCAACAUCAGAAGAGAGAACAAAGAGCUACAGCAAGUGUCAGCAGCCCUGGUCAAGGAUCAAGAGUUGGUGUGUAGAGAAAAUGAACGACUCCUGCGCAAGCUUGAGGAUGUUAACAGGGAUGUGCCACACUCAGACCCCAGAUCACAGACCAAGGGGCUGAAUGACAAUGUGUGUCGCCGCUCCCCCAUCAUCCCUGCCCAGCCCGCAGUGAAUGGGGAGGAGCUUUUAAAUGCCUCUCUUAGUGGCAGCAGCCUUUUCAGAGGUGGGGGAUCAUCUGGAUCAUUCAUUUCCAGGUCUCUGCCCUCCUCCUCCUCCUCCCAGGUGUGGAUCAACCCACUUAAUGAGUCUCGAGGAAAGGACUCAGGCUCAACGCCCUCCAGCAGAGGCAAAAGUGAAGAUGGCAACCGGCAACGUCACGUCCCAGAGUCCAUCAACAAAGAACUGGAGAAAAGGAGAAUUGGCAAAAGCCUGACAGAUCUCACAGGGUCUGGAGGCCCAGGAAGAAGCAGCGGAGGGCGACGAAACAGCUGGGAUGAGAGGAAUGAGAGGAAGCCUCCCAUGAAGAGCAAGAGCAUGUCCCCAGGAAUGGGCACUGGCAGAAGUGGAGGUCGAGGUAAGGCUCGCUCCAAGUCGGUGCCGCGGCCAAAGGGUCGAAGGCGCAAAGACGAGCCCCAGCGUGCUACUGCUUCAGGGGACACAGACGACAGGCCCCAGGGCAUGCAAACGUCGUAGCUGUGUCGCCCCUCUCUUGCCAGAUCUCUUCUGCCGCGACUUCUAGCGCCAAUAAGAAGUUAGCGGCUAGCCUACUGAAGGCCAUCACAUAUAUCCGUCCACUUGUGAUGUCUUGAGCAGAGACUCCUGAAACACCAUCGGCUCCUCUAUCCCCUGGCCGUAGUUAUAUCGCUAGUGCUGGAAAAGGGCCGUGUUGUACCAGUGUGUAGCUCAUACAGUCACUGCAAGAAGUGAUAAUAACUUUUAACAAAUACAGAAAUAUGUAUAUGUAUGUAUCAUCCUCUGCCGUCAUCCUGUCAUUACAAAGCUAUUUUGUAGAGCACAGGCGCCCUCAUGUUGACAUGUACUCGUAAACUGUUGCAUUGCAUCACCCUUAAUCAGUCAAAUCAUCUUCUGAGUUUUGUUGGGUCCCUCAUUUUUAUUGUGUGAGUUUUGUUUUCAAAUUUACUUCGCAGGAAAUAAAAAUCAUGAUGCCUUAAAUUAUAAAUAUCCUUUUUUUAUUCAAUAAGUCGUCUAGUCAUGUAAACUGGAAAUUUGUACAGAACAUAAAGGACUGCAUUAAU